ACUUCACGCAGCUGUAGUUCCUAUAUUCCCACCACAGGUGUCGCAACAGAUCAAAAGUAGAAACGGUAGAAACCAAUAAAAUGGCAGAGGGUUGGACUCAAAAUGUUCGAUGCCGGUACUAUGCAAAUGGAAUAUGUCGUAAGGGAGAAGCUUGUCGCUAUCUGCAUCAGGGACAGGCUGCAUCGAGUGUGGGCACAUCUUUAAGGACUGAUCCUUUAGAGACACGAUGCCGUUAUUAUCAGCGAGGUUCAUGUGCAUAUGGACACCGUUGUAACUUUGUGCAUGCUGCUGAAGUCUCCACUUCAAGUACAAACAAUGCUAAUCACAGCACUGGUCUGGCAUCAUCGUCUACUGCAAGGAAAAAUUCAUCAAACAAUGCCAACAGAAAUGGUCAGGGAACCAGUUGGAAAACUUCAGUCCUGAAGAAGCAAGGAGACAGUGCUGACAGUGGGAUUGGCGAAGACUCUGCUGAGAAUUGGGUGAAUGCACCAGAAUUUGUCCCUGCAGGAAAAUAUAACAUUCCUAAAACAGCAGAGCGUGUGCCUCCUAAGUCUUAUGCUGAAGUGCUAAACCCAAUGGCUGGCAAAAUGAUUUCAUUGCCUCAAGCACAUUUAUCAUCACCAAGUAAUAAGAAAAAGCUCUGUCCCUUCCAAGAGGCAGGGGAGUGCAAAUAUGGUAGCCAGUGUGUGUACAUUCAUGGUGACACAUGUGAUCUUUGUGGUCAUGCCUGCUUACACCCACAAGACAAGGAGCAGCGAAAGAAACAUGUCAAUGAAUGUAUCAAACAGCAUGAGCAGGAUAUGGAGUUGUCAUUUGCAGUGGCACGUUCCAAAGACAAAACAUGUGGAGUUUGCUUUGAAGUGGUGAUGGAAAAGUCCCCACGUGAGCAGCGUUUUGGUAUACUGCCAAAUUGCAACCAUUGCUUCUGUCUCAGCUGCAUUAGGAAAUGGCGACAAGCGAAACAGUUUGAGAACAAAAUAAUCAGGGCGUGUCCAGAAUGUCGAGUGACUUCUGAUUUUGUUUGCCCCAGCAUGUACUGGGUUGACACAAAGGAGGAGAAAGAGAAAUUGAUCAAGGACUACAAAGGUGCUCUCAGUGUGAAGGACUGCAAAUAUUUCAGGUCAGGGCGAGGGAAGUGCCCCUUUGGAAACAAGUGCUUUUAUUUACAUGCAUACCCUGAUGGAACAAAGGCAGACGUGGGGCCACCACUUCGUCAGCGACGACAUAAUGCUGAUGGUGAUAUUGAUGUUCUGCAGCAAAUCAUCCUGUGGGACUUCCUGGAUGAACGGGAAAACCGUUGGUUAUAUAGCAUUGAUGAACUUGAAGAUCUUGUGGCCUUCUUGUCUGAUUCAGAUGAUUCAGACUGGUCAGAUUAUGACUUCUUUUUUGACUAACUCCCAGCUCAGAACAGCUUCUGAGGAACUCAGAUCCUCAACACCAACUGGCAGCUGGGAAGGGACAGGAUUGGAGACUGGUAACGUACACUUGCUGUAGCAAGUAGCUUACAUUGAGAGUGUAAGGAGCCACCAAAAUGAUUCUGAAUUCAACAAAAAUAGCACAUGUACUGUACCAGUAUACAGAAUUGAAAAAAAAAAAACUUGUUUAUUCGUUCCUUGUAGGUAGAAAUUCUUGUCCUGGGCAAUAGCGAAUGCCUUGUGUUAAAUAAUUUUACUCCAAGAAGUUUUGUAUGGGGGCCUCAGGCUUCGUUAUUAGUAAAUUGCUUUGAGUGUAUGUUAAAUACAAGUUAAUGUUUUCACUUCACACCAAGUGCUUUUUUCUUAGAAGCAGAUUGGCCAGUGAGCACUUGAUUUUGAUUGGGAAUUGCCAUCAUUAGAGAGCAUAACUGCCAUCAGUUGUUGGUAUGAAGCAUAGAGUUUUAUUUGAAGUAAGUAAAAACUGAAGCGCUUGAAAUUUUAUUUUUGAAUCUGUAGUAUUUUAUAUAGGUAUAAAAUUUUUCUCCUGCUCAUAUGUUACAAGUUUGAAUUAAUUGCAGUUAUUGAGUUUACAUACGAUUUAAUGAAUUUAGAUUUGCUGUGCACAUAUGAAGAUAAGGGGGUUAUCAAACUUUACUUUGCAUAUGUGAUUUUUAUGUAAAUUACAUUGUGCUGCCAGUGAAAUAAUUUAAUCUUGCAUCUGCCAGAAUUUAGAACUUAAAAUUGAUCGGUAAUUUAAUUUAAGCAUGUUCAAUUUGAAGAAAUAAUUGAGUAGCAUAUGAGAAUUACUGACAGCAAACUGUUAGAAUAUUAGUGUUCCAUAAUCAGUAGAAAUUAUUCUGGUUUGAAGUGUUGAUUUUCUGGGAACAUUUUUGAUUCAGAUGUCAUUUGCACAGUUGGAACUCUGUUGUUGGAGGAAAGUACAAUAAUUCGGGGCUGUUGAAGUGGCCCUAGUCAUGAGCUUAGUUCAGACAUUUCUUGUAAAAACAGGGAUUUUAAGAACAGUUAUUUUAAUACCUAGUACCAGUAUGUAGAAAACACACUUAACAUUUAAAUGAUGUGAUUAGUAUUAACAGUUAUUAUUGCACUUUAGUACUUAGAGAAGAAAGUGAAUGUGUAAUUCAUCAAAUAUGAUUUGCAGCAGAUAUAAUACAGAAUGCCUGUUAGUAUCAGGUGGAGCAGUACAUGAAGACAAAUGUGACCACUUGAUGGUAAAUUUGCAUGCAGGUUGACACUGCAGAGAAGCAUAAUGCACAUCUUGCAUGGAUAAACUUGAUACAGGAAAUUGUCACAGGAACUGGACAUGCUAGUCUGCAUAUAUGUAACAUUUAGACCAACUAACACACACACACACACACAUAUAUAUAUAUAUAUAUAUUAUUUUCUUUUGUAUAUUCUGUGGCUUUUGAAGACUGUUGUUUAAAAUGUAUUAUUAUUUUUCUGUAAUUUACUAAUUUGUAAGAUGCAUCUUCUUUGUGCAAACAUGAGCAUUAUUUUAUAGCUCAUUGGCUGUGGAGUUCUUUGUGGCACAGUACAGCCACGUUACUGUGUCCCAUUGAUAUGUGGCCAGGAUUGUUUUGGAUUCUGUUAGCAAAAUUGAUUCACACUUUCAAUACAAGUGUGUGGGAAGUUUUUUUAUUAUUAUUUAAUUCAACUCAUAUUUCACACCCUGUUUAUAUAAGUCUGCUAAAAUAUACAGCACACGGUAUUUGAACAUAAACCGAAGCAUAAACAUUGCAGUCAUUGGUGUUUAAUUUCCUGUGAACGGUUUCCUAUUAAUCUCAUGGUUCUAAAGGGGCACUUGUGGAACCCAUUGAUUAUUAAUUGGGAUAUAUUCCUUCCAUUAGAUGAUUUAUUUUCCACUGUGAAUUUGGAGAAAGAGUGACAGGUGAUAUUUUUGAAAUUUUCCCUGGUGGAUUUCAAGAUCUCCUUCCAUCACAUGGCAUUUUUUUUCAUUUCAGACUAAUUAUGUACGUGUCAAAUUAAGUGACAAAGCCUUUGAUUUUGAAGCUUCCACUUUUGUAUUUGUUUAGUUUCCAUGUUGUAAACAGGACAUAUUGGUUUGUAACCAGGAUUUCUUCCUUGAGAUUGUAUGUGGUCUUCUGUGUUGGGGAAAAAAGUUGUUUGGAAGGUACUUGUUUCGCUGCUUCCCUCUUCGGGGUACGGAAGUCUUCCUGCCUUUGGUCUGUGACAUCAUCAGUGAAAAGAAACCUGCCCUACCUUAUCUUGACACUUUAGUUUUUCCAACAUUAGUAUUGUUGUACAAACUUAAUAUAAAACUUACCAAGAAAAUUAAAAAAUGGAGAAUAUUCUUUUGAAAAUCUCUGCAUGGAAUGCAAGAUGGUGUUAACCAGAUAUAUUGCUUAAGCCAUAUAUGGGCUUGCAGUAGCGUAGUUGGUUGAGGCAGUAUGCUACAAACCAGAAGGUAUUAGGUUCGAGUCCCGAUGACAUCGAU